AGUGAGUGGUCAAUGGUAGCUGGGCUGCUGAUCAUGAGGAGAGAGAAGAAGAAGGCUGUAUGAGUUGAUGAGUAUUGAUGAGGGACGGAAAUCAUGACUGCGCGCGCGUCUGGCUUGUUGCUAUUUUUUCUUUCCUCUCCUCUUUUUUGGAGACGACGGUAAAGGGGGAGGGCUGGCGAGCCGGGUCGGCGCUUUCUUCUUGGGUGGGAGCAUGUCGCAUGUUUAGUUAUACCUCUCUCUCACUGUGUAUGGUGUGUGUUGUGUUGUUUGGUUUAGGGAGGGCCGAUACAAUGGCCGUGUGGUGUUCUUGAAUUGUUUUACUUGAUUUCGUUUUGGCGGGGGGUCAACCUCCGUCCUUUCGUGUUGGGUUGGGCAGUUCUACCAUUGUGUUUGAUAGGUGGCAUGUGGAUGGACUACUUGUGUGGAGUUGGGUUGUUCUAGGUUCAGUAUUAUUCCCCCCUCUAUUGUUUGGUUGAAGGGGUGAUGGGUGGUUUCAACCGAUCGAUCAAACGAAUCCAUAAUCGUGUUCAGAAAGGGGUCAUCGGUCCAGGCGAAGCAAGUAAACCGGCAGGUUUUCAUGUUCACUCAACAAAAGGGCACGGCAGAUUGGACAUCAGACGGGCCUCAAACCCUUUUAUUCUUCUUAGUUUUAUUUUCACCCUACUCCAGACCCAACCUCUGAUGCAAAAACGGCUUCUUCCCGUCCCCAUACGCCCC